CACGCAGUCUGACGCUAACCUGACAGAAGGCAGGGAUGGCGACGCUCCUUCUUUUUGCGGCGGCUUUAGUCGCGUGGACGGGCUGUUCUACAGGUCAGCAAGAGUAUCUGGCCACUAUUGGCGAAUGGGACUUCCACAAAGUGCCCACUGUGGGCCCCAUGACUAACACUAACGUCCAGGCGGCUUGCGCGGCUGCGGGUAUGUGGAACCCCUGCUCGUACACCGGCCACGGCGCGUGCGGCCACGGCAGGACGGACUGCGUCUCGUUUGACGGCGGCAGCGCGAGCUGUCGUACCCUGAACGUGAUCUCAGACCUGCUCUGCGGAACUACUGAAGCCCACACCUGCAAACCGCUGGAUGACACCUUCGUGUACUCCCCCGGCUGGCAGAGUGACGACAGCGCCUUUGGUCUUGACUACGACACGGGCCACUGGGGUAUGACAGGGGCGGACUACACCGACAAGUACGCUCUGUGUGCAAGCCACCAAGAGCACCUGACAACCUGGGACGGAUGGGCCUUUUUUAAAAUCCGUGCUUUAGGCACGAUGUUGAACGCCAACAUCCAGGCGACAUGUGAGCGUGCGGGGAUGAGCUACCCCUGCUGGUACACAGGUCACGACCCGUGUGUGCAACAUUACUACUACAGCGACAACUGCAUCAAGUUCGACCACGCCGGAGGCAGCUGUGAGACUACCACAGCCCUCGCCGGCCAGCUGUGUAGGACCGCGACAGAUUAUUACUGUAUGGCCCUGAACUACACUUUCGUGUACUCUCCCAACCACGCCUACAGCCAGGGGAUAAGGUACGGCUCAUACAGCAAUUUGCGUGGGGACAGCUACAAGGAUAUGUACGCUCUCUGUGCAGCCCGGCAGUGCCAGAUCUCCCCAUGUGUGCACGGGACCUGUGUGCACGGGGUGAAGAACUACACCUGUCUGUGUGAUGUGGACUGGACCGGAGAACACUGUGAUGAAGUGAUUGACAGCUGUGCAAGCAAUCCGUGUUUAUCUGGAGGGACGUGCAUGGAUGAGGUGGGCGGCUACAGCUGUGUCUGUCAUCCUCACACGACGGGGAAGAAUUGUGAAACAGUGCUGCACAUCGACAAGUGCUACCGCUUCUCCAACGACAGCCUGACAUACCAGGAGGCCUCCGCUGUCUGUAACAGCAUAGGCGGGCACCUGGCCGACAUAAAGGACAGCGGUGACCAGCAGCUGCUCGCCAGCUACAUACAGGUGGGGCAUGACGUCAGCACCUGGAUCUCCGCCAGUACAAGCGUGUCUCCGUUCGGACUGUGUGACUGUACAGAUAACACUCCUCUGUCUGCGACGGCUCCCUGGAUGCAGAGAAGUACCAAGAUUGACGUGUGUGUGCUACUGGACAGCUCCGUGGGCUAUCUGGGAACCUACCAGUCAUGUAACGACCAACAUCAGUACGUCUGUGAAACAAACGUGACGUCAUGCCAGCCGGACGUGUGUCAGAACGGCGGAGUCUGCAGUUCGUGUUUUGACGGUUCCAGUGUCUUCUGCACCUGUCCUCAGGGCCACACGGGAACCUUCUGUGAAACAGCCGACCUGUGCGACCCGAACCCCUGUCCGUUUGACUGGACCUGUGUGGGCCAAACAGGUGGAUUUCACUGUGCAGUACCAUCUGCUGUGAGGGCCACCAAGUGCUGGCUUCUGCACCGCGUUCUCUUGCGGUCCCGGUUGGAACUGCAGGGAGGAUGGAACAGCUGGGUACUCCUGCAUCCGUGGCUGACGUACGACCACGCGUCAUCACAGAGUUCAAUCGGUUUCAUCUCCAACAAACGACUUCCUCCACAUAUCUUACCUUGAACUUGAACAGCUUGAAACCUGAAUACAAACCAUUGGGGUUAAAGCACUAUUCCAGUGGUGGAAGAAUAAAAGAAUAGAAAUCA